UCGUCUGGCAGUGGUCCAUCUGCACCUUCUGCUAGUAGCAGCCCCCACAACUCUCCCUCUUCAGGCUCUGCGCCCGGUGCAGCGGCAGCCGUGGGCUCCAAGGGAAUCACCUACUCUCCAUACACCAAGGACCACCAGUGUAAGUCUGCCCAGGACGUCAAGCUGGACUUGCAAAAGUUGCAGGACUACGAUGUCAUCAGACUCUACAGCACUGAUUGUUCAGGAAUCGAAAAUGUGUUGGCUGCGCUCUCAUCCAACCAGCAGUUGUUCUUGGGGGUUUGGAACAUCGACUCCAACUCUGUCCAAGGCGGUUUAUCCGACAUCCUGAAGGCACUUCAGACCUCCAACCGUGGCUGGAGUGCGGUGCACACCAUCGCCAUUGGUAACGAACAGGUCAAUGCAGGCACUGCCAGUCCCUCGCAGAUUGGUUCUGCCAUCAGCACUGCCAGAUCAUGGUUGAAGCAAAACGCCCCUCAAUACUCCGGCCCCGUGGUGUCCGUGGACACUUUGGUGGCCGUGGUGUCCCACCCUGAAUUGUGUGAAUAUUCCGACUACCUCGCAGUCAAUUCGCACCCAUACUGGGACGGAAACGUCAGUCCUUCCGAUUCAGGCCAAUGGUUACAGCAACAAAUCUCGAACUUGCGUAACGCAUGCGGCUCUUCGAAAGAGAUCUUGAUCACAGAAACCGGAUGGCCUACUCAAGGUAAGCCCUUCGGCAACUGUGUUCCAUCAGUACAAAACCAGGUGGAUGCCAUGAAAAGUAUUGUUUCCGAGUUGGGAAGCCAGGUGAUUGCUUUCACCAUGUACAACGACUACUGGAAGGACCCCGGACAGUACGGCGUCGAGCUGUACUGGGGCUUGUUCGGUAACCCCGACGAAUAG